GGUGCCUGCAGUCGCUGAGGCCUGAGUGAGAGCAGACGGCGGGCGGUGGUAGCUGCAGCCUGGGCACCGCGCGGGCUGGUGGGCCCCGCACCUUCCUCCUCUUCACCGCGUGCGCCCUCGGACAUGGUGGCCCCCGGCUCUGUGACCAGCCGGCUGGGCUCGGUGUUCCCCUUCCUGCUGGUCCUGGUGGACCUGCAGUACGAAGGUGCUGAAUGUGGAGUAAAUGCAGAUGUUGAGAAACAUCUUGAAUUGGGCAAGAAAUUACUUGCAGCUGGACAGCUAGCUGAUGCUUUAUCUCAGUUCCAUGCUGCAGUAGAUGGUGACCCUGACAACUAUAUUGCAUACUACCGGAGAGCUACUGUCUUUUUAGCUAUGGGUAAAUCAAAAGCAGCACUUCCUGAUUUAACUAAAGUGAUCGAAUUGAAGAUGGAUUUCACUGCAGCAAGAUUACAGAGAGGUCACUUAUUACUCAAGCAAGGAAAGCUUGAUGAAGCAGAAGAUGAUUUUAAAAAAGUGCUCCAAUCUAAUCCAAGUGAAAAUGAAGAAAAGGAAGCCCAGUCUCAACUUACAAAAUCUGACGAAAUGCAACGUUUGCGUUCACAAGCAUUUGAUGCUUUUGAAAAUGCUGAUUACACUGCUGCUAUAACCUUCCUUGAUAAGAUUUUAGAGGUUUGUGUUUGGGAUGCAGAAUUACGUGAACUUCGAGCUGAAUGUUUUAUAAAAGAAGGGGAACCUAGAAAAGCUAUAAGUGACUUAAAAGCUGCAUCAAAAUUGAAGAAUGAUAAUACUGAGGCAUUUUAUAAAAUCAGCACACUCUACUACCAACUGGGAGACCAUGAACUGUCCCUCAGUGAAGUUCGUGAAUGUCUUAAACUUGAUCAAGAUCAUAAAAGGUGUUUUGCACACUAUAAACAAGUAAAGAAACUUAAUAAACUGAUUGAGUCAGCCGAAGAGCUCAUCAGAGAUGGCAGGUAAGGCUAUGCUUAUUCUAACCACCAGCUUUCCUAUAUGUCUGGUUGUGGGCACAGAUGAAGCUUUCGGUCGCUCAUUCUCUGGCCAUCGAGUAUGGGAUAUUUAUUCUAGAUGGCACUGGGCCU